CAUUACAGACAGCGAGUGUGUAAGGAGAGCGUCUGACGAAAGAGAAAUGGCCGAAGUUGCUCCUGCUCCAGCCGCUGCCGCUCCGGCAAAGGCUCCUAAGAAGAAAGCAGCAAGCAAGCCCAAAAAUGCGGGGCCCAGCGUUGGACAACUGAUCGUGAAAGUUAUUUCUGCCUCCAAAGAGAGGAGCGGAGUGUCCCUGGCCGCAUUGAAGAAAGGUCUGGUCGCCAAUGGCUACGAUGUGGAGAAAAACAACUCACGCGUAAAGCUAGCUGUUAGAAGCCUGGUGACCAAGGGGACUUUGCUUCAGACUAAGGGAGUCGGCGCCUCUGGCUCAUUUAAGCUCAACAAAAAACAGGAGAGUGUAAAGAAGCCCGCUAAGAAAGCAGCUCCUAAAGCUAAGAAGCCUGCUGCGGUCAAAAAGGUAGCGGCGAAGAAGCCUGCUGCCAAGAAGUCGCCGAAGAAGAAGCCCGCUGCAGCUAAGGCGAAGAAGAGCCCAAAGAAGCCCAAGAAGCCGACAACAGUGGCUAAGAAGCCAGCCAAGAGUCCGAAGAAAACCAAGAAGCCGGCAGCAGCAGCUAAGAAGGCGACCAAGAGCCCUAAGAAAGCAAAGGCGGCCAAGCCAAAAGUUGCCAAACCUAAGACCACCAAAGCCAAGAAAGCGGCUCCCAAGAAGAAGUGAACGCCUAUACUGUAUCGUAACAUCACCAAGCGCCAAAGGCUCUUUUAAGAGCCAUCCA